AUGCCCUCCCUGCCCACCCCGCUAUCCGCCUCGACGCUGCUGUCUCAACUCGGACGUUGCACCAGACAUAAGAACUCCCUUCUCCCGCCAUCUGUCAUUUCACCCCCGUUCUACUCAUCUAUUCGCCGAUAUCAUAUUCAACAGCGUCCCCAUAGCGGCUUAUUUUCCCCUCUUGCCGCUCGCAACAGAACACUGGCGACUAGGAAGGUCACAGUGACCCAUUCCUCACCCCGUCUCGGAGCUAUUGCCCGGCAGCUAUCUUCAACUCCCGCUUCGCAGGACAAAAUGGCACCAAUUGAUAUGGAAGGCGUAGAGAAGUACGAUUAUAUUGUGAUUGGAGGUGGCAGCGGUGGUAGCGGUGGUGCUAGACGGGCUGCCGGUUGGUACAAGGCAAAGACCCUUAUCGUUGAGAAUGGGCGAUCUGGAGGCACCUGUGUUAACGUCGGAUGCGUUCCAAAGAAGAUGACUUGGAACUUCGGCUCAAUCAACGAACACCUCGAACAUGCUAAACACUACGGAUAUGACGUCCCCAAAAAUAUCAAGUAUGACUAUGGUUAUUUCAAGCGUACACGAGAUGCCACCAUUGAGCGCCUAAAUGGCAUCUAUGAACGCAACUGGAACCGUGAGGGAAUUGAUCUUGUUAAGGGAACUGCCAAGUUCGUCGAACCCAAGGUCUUAGAGAUUGAUCUGAUGGACGGAUCUGGAAAGAAAAUGGUUACCGCACCACACAUCCUGAUCGCUGUUGGCGGCUAUCCUAUCAUCCCGGAUAUCCCGGGUGCCGAACAUGGAAUCACUAGCGACGGCUUCUUUGAAAUUGAAGAGUUGCCUCCCAAGCUGGCCGUGGUUGGAGCCGGGUACAUUGCGGUUGAAUUGGCUGGUGUUAUGAAUGCCGUUGGUGUCGAGACACACAUGUUCAUCCGCGGAGACACCUUUUUGAGGAAAUUUGACCCCAUGAUCCAGGAGACUAUGACAAAACGCUAUGAGGCCACUGGCAUGCACCUCCACCGAGGAUAUACUGGAAUGAAGAAGGUUGAAUUGCUAAGCCCCGGGAAAGGCGCGGAAAAGCGUCUUAAACUCACAUUCGAUGACGGAUCAGAGAUGGAGGUCAACGAGCUUCUUUGGGCUAUUGGUCGUGCUCCCGCAGUUACAAAGUUGGGUCUCAAGGAGAUUGGCGUCAAGCAAAAGGAAAGUGGCCACAUUAUCGUCGAUGAAUUCCAAAACACCUCGGUCGAUGGUAUCUACGCUCUAGGGGAUGUAACAGGUCAGGCAGAGUUAACUCCAGUCGCUAUUGCUGCUGGUCGACAGCUUGGAAACCGCCUUUUUGGGCCUCCAGAGCUCAAGUCCUCUAAGCUCUCCUACGACAAUAUCCCAACUGUGGUCUUUUCCCACCCCGAGGUCGGAACCUCUGGCCUCACUGAACCCGAGGCCAUCGAAAAGUAUGGCAAGGAGAACUUGAAGAUCUACCACACCAAAUUCACAGAUAUGUUCUUCAGCGUUUUCCCAGCUGAGGAGAAAGAGAAAAACCCCACUGAGAUGAAACUCAUCUGUGCCGGGCCCGAGGAGAAAGUUGUUGGAUUGCAUAUUCUCGGCCUUGGUGUUGGUGAGAUGUUGCAAGGUUUUGGUGUCGCAAUGAAGAUGGGUGCCACCAAGAAGGAUUUCGACUCUUGUGUAGCCAUCCAUCCUACCAGCGCGGAGGAAUUGGUUACUCUACGAUAG